CUGCUCUAUUUGUUUCAACAUUUGUCAUCUCUUUGGUUCUUAAAUAAACAAUGAAGCUAUCUGGAUAAGUCUUUAUUUUUGAUUUAUUAUAUAUAUAGUUUGUACAUCUGCAGACAUGUCACAUUUUUGUGGGAACAUUUGAUUUUUGAAAGAUUUCUUGGUUUUUGUGAGCUGGGGAACAAAUAUUUGAUGUUCUUUCUUAUCUUCUUCCAGGUGUCUGAACAACGUUAAUGGAGGUUUUGUAGGGUUACAGGGUUGUAAUUUUACACAGCCAUUUUCAUGCUUCUUUAGUUUUCUUGAUAGGUGAAGAUUUUAUUUUUUUAAGGUAGAUUGAAUUGUUUGAGGGUUUGUUUACGAUAAUUUAGCAGAGAUGGGUUGUGUAGCAUCAAGAAUUGAUAAAGGAGAGAGGGUGAGAAUUUGCAAAGAUAGGAAAAGACUUAUGAAACAGUUACUUAGAUACAGAAAAGAAUUUGCUGAUGCUCAAUUAGCAUACCUGAGAUCAUUGCGGAAUACCGGAAUUACCCUCAGGCAGUUCACCGAAUCCGAAUCAUUAGAGCUCGAUGAAGCCAUUUCUGGUGUCGGUUUCCCGCCGUCACCGCCUCCCCCUCUGCCGCCGUCACCUCCACCACCGCCCACUUUCAGCCCCGAUUUAAGGAAGUUCAAGGAUAAUAAGAAGCCGCCGCCGCCACCUCAGCAAACUCAGUCCGAGAUCAUGGAAAUCGACGAGGACAGCGACCACACUCCUCCACCUCCGCUUCCUAGUUCUUCGUGGGAAUAUUGGGACCUGUUUGGCUCUCCGUCUUUGCCAAGAAAGAGUAGCGAGAAAGAGGAGGAGAAUUGGGUAGAUACAAAUACCGAAUUUAUAGAUGAUGAUGAUGUGGCGGUUUUCGAGGGUGACGUGCUAUCUGUAAAAGAGGGGAUUGAUGGGGUAGGUGAUGAUAAUUCUUCGAGGAUGAGUGCAGAUAUGGCGAUGGUGGUUUGGAGGAGUAAGAAAAGCUUGGCUGGUAUCGUAAAGGAAUUGGAUGAUUAUUUCUUGAAAGCAUCUGCUGUAGUUAAGGAUGUAGCCGUUUUCGUCGAUAUUGAUGCCGGCGGCACGUUUCAUUACCAGAGUAUCAAAGAGAACAAGAGGAAGAGAAGCAGUUCAGCAAAAGUUUUUAGUGCGCUGGCGUGGAAUUGGUCUUCCAAAUCACUUCAUUCGACUCGAGAAACGGAAGAUUUACUUGGUUCCAGUGAGCCAUGUAAGCCUGGAGCUCACUGCAUUACUCUGCAGAAACUUUAUUCAGAGGAGCAGAAACUGUACAAGGAUGUUAAGGAAGAAGAAAUAUCCAAGGUGGAGUAUGGAAGAAAAUCGUUACUACUGCAGAGACAAGAGGAAGAGCACGAUUGGACCAAGGCCGAGAAAACUCGUUCAGCUUUUGGAAGUCUGGAAUCUUACAUCCUAUCUCUGCAAGAAUCAAUUAGCAGGUCUUCUUCGAGCAUAUUGACUCUCGUAAACAACGAGCUUCACCCUCAGUUGACUACACUAGCUUCAGGACUGAUGCACAUGUGGCAAACAAUGCAUAAAUGCCAUAAACUUCAGAAUCACAUUUCCCAGCAGCUGAAUCAUCUAACGGAACAACAAAGCCCGGAACCUACUAGUGAGUCCCGUCAGCAGGCUGCAGCUCAGCUCCAGAGAGAAGUCGCUUCUUGGUACCACAGCUUUUGCAAACUCGUUAAAUUUCAACGCGAGUAUCUAAGGGCCCUCUGCAAGUGGGUCCUACUCACAAACAGCCUUCAAGAUAUUAAUAGCCCACGAAGUAGUAACUCAUCUACAAUACAUAACCUCACAGAAAAAUGGCUGCAAGAACUUGAUAAAUUACCCGAUAAGAUGGUGUCGGAGGCAAUUAAUUCACUGCUGUCAUCUGUUCACUCCAUUAUCGUGCAGCAGCAAGAAGAAUGGCAUAUCCGUAAAAGAAGCGAGAAGCUGGGGAGAAAAUUGGAAAGGGAGCUUAGUUCGCUUUCGGAGGUGGAGGUGAAGUUUUCCGGAAGCUUAUCUCUCGAAGAUGCUGAUUCCGUCUUGGCUUCGAAGCAUCCUUUAACAAUUAGGCGGGCCAAAGUCGAAGCCCUGAGUAGAUUAGUGGACCACGAGAAGGCUAAGUACACAAAUUCUGUUAAAACUACGAGAGUUAUGAUCCUGAACAACUUACAGACGAGCCUCCCAAAGGUAUUUCAAGCACUAAUGGUGUACUCAAGAUCUUAUGCCCAAAUCUUCGAGGCCAUUCUCAGUAACGACGCAAUAUCAGAAUGUGAUGACAGUUAAUAUGUCACAACGUGCAAAGUUGAGAGCAUCAUGAAAAUAUGAGUGUUUUUUUUAGAAGUGGAGUAUCCUUGGAAUCUUCACCAAGGUAAAUUAAAGGGCAUCAAUGUAAAUAUCCCAGGGGAUCGUAUAUUCGUCUUUAUUUGUGGAGUGAUCAGUGAUUAAGUAGGACAAAUCACAGAUUUUAGGCAUAGUAUCUCUCAAAUUUACUCUGCAGUUAUGAGUCAAAUUAGAUCUCA